AAUCCGACCAGUCCAGCAGUGGGAGAGGAGCCGGACACCCUCCUACAUAAGUAUCGCGCCAACGUUGCCGACAAAACCUUGACAAGAUGGCCGCCGUGCCAGUGGACCCAGUGACAGAGCCGCGCAGGUACCAGCAGUCACUUCUUAUGGGUGGCCUCUGUGAACUUCUGGAGAAUGACAAGUUUGUGGACUGUGUCCUGAAGAUUAAGGACCAGGAUUUUCCUUGCCACAAGCUGGUGCUGGCUGCCAGCAGUCCGUACUUUAAGGCCAUGUUUCUCUCUGACAUGAAGGAGAGCAAGAAACGAGAAGUAGUGCUGAAAGAUGUGGAACCAGACAUUAUGGGCAUGAUCCUGAAGUACAUCUAUACCUGCGACAUAAACUUGACCGAGCAGAACGUCCAGGACAUCUUCAUGGCGGCCAACAUAUACCAGAUCCCUUCCAUCUUUAGCGUUUGCGUAUCCUACCUGGAGCACAAGUUGGUGCUGAGCAACUGUCUAGCCAUCUUUAGGCUCGGACUACUGCUGGAGUGCCCAAGACUGGCAUCAAAGGCUCGGGACUACAUUUGUGAACGUUUUGAGCUCAUCAUCCGGGACCAGGAUUUCCUCCAACUAGGACCUGGAGAACUGGCUGCCAUUAUCACGUGUGAUUCCCUUAAUGUGGAAAGGGAAGAGAAGGUGUUUGAGACGCUAAUGAAAUGGGUCGAGCAUGAUCAGGUUGAAAGGCUGAAGGAUCUGAAAAAACUUCUGCACUGCGUUCGGUUUCGUCUGAUACCGCCUGAUUAUUUUAGAAGCAAAGUGGAGGGCCACCGGUUGAUCAAAUCCAACCAGGAGAUCAAAAAUGAUCUGCAGCUUGUUAAGGAUGCACAAAAGGGACUGCUGCCUAAAAGUAGAGGACCGUCAGGCAAGGAGGCAGAAGCCACAGGAGGCGACAAAGAUGAGGAUGAAAAUGAUGAGGGUCUGCUACCUGGGAUCCUGAAUAACAACCUACGCUUUGGAAUGUUUUUAACAGAUUUUAUAUUAAUGAUCAGCAACAAGGGAACGGUGGCUUACGACCCUGCUGAAAAUGAAUGCUACUUAGCCUCGUCAUCUACUGAGAUACCAAAAACUCACUGCAGCCUGGUGACCAAAGAAAAUCAGAUCUUUGUAGCUGGAGGGCUCAUAUAUAACGAGGAAAACACAGAGGAACCGUUCAGCUCUUACUUCCUACAGUUUGACCCCAUGAGCUCUGAAUGGCUCGGGAUGCCCUCGCUGCCAACCCCCCGCUGCCUCUUCGGGCUCACAGACGCCGAGAACUCCAUCUUUGUCAUAGGUGGAAAAGAGCUGAAAGAAGGAGAGCAUGCUCUAGACACUGUUAUGAUCUAUGACAGACAAUCUUUUAAAUGGGGCGAAUCGGACCCGGUUCCGUAUUCAGUCUACGGUCAUGGGACUGUCUCACAUAACGGGCUCAUCUACGUCCUGGGUGGAAAAUCAGAUAGCAAGAAAUGCCUGAGGCGAGUGUGUGUCUACAAUCCCAAGAAGUUCCAGUGGAAGGAGCUGGCGCCUAUGAAAACCGCUCGUUCUCUGUUUGGUGUCGCCGUGCACAACAACAAAAUCUACAUCGUGACCGGAGUCACAGAUGACGGCCUGACCAGCAAAGCUGAGGUUUAUGACAUUACGAAAAACACGUGGUCUGAUUUCGAGGAGUUCCCCCAGGAGAGAAGCUCUCUGAACCUGAUCUCGCUAGCCGGCAGUUUGUACGCUGUGGGAGGUUUUGCCAUGAUGCCCAACGACACCACAGAGAAGCUGGAACCCACAGAGAUGAACGAUAUCUGGAGGUUUGAUGAGGAGCAGAACUGCUGGUCUGGGAUGCUGCGGGAGAUCAGCUACGCUUCAGACGCCACCGUGUUGGGAGUACGCCUCAACGCUUUACGACUCACCAAGAUGUAACUGACAAGCACAUGACACCUGUUGCACAUGAAGUGUAGUUUGUGACCAGCACUGGAACUAGUUGUAGUUUCCACAAUCGAGUAUAUGUGCAUGAACUUUUAAAAACAAAACAAAAAGAAAAAGAAAGAACAACCCAAGAAGACUGGACAGCAGGUGGAGACAAAGGACGGACCAUUUUUCAUUUGAGAUGUGAACUGUUGUUUCUGAAGAAAGGUGUGACGU